AUGGCUAUGACUUGGGCCCAGGUCUGCCGCAAAGCCAACGGCGAGAAAAUCAAGACGUCGAACACCUCGACCCUCAGCCUUCGCCCUGCAGAGCGUCUUCCACGUCGAGCCAUCCCGACAAAAUUCGACCUGACUGCACUCCCGUACGAUCUCCGACGCGCAGUCCUCGAGGAGAUCUUCCCCAGAUCAACCUUUGCCUUUUUCCUGCGCGGCAACAACCACCAACCUCGCCAGGGAAUCCCCCUGCCAGAAAUCAUCGGCACAUCCAAGCAGAUGCGCGCCGAGUCCCUUCUGGUAGCACUAAACCAGACCGAAGUGGAAAUCCACUCGGGACCCGGAAAUGCCGCUUUCCAAAACUGGCUCAGCGGAAUCGACUUGUCGAUUUUACACGGCGAUGUCCCUACAACGAUCUCCACGGGCUUCGACGCGGUGUAUCGCCUGAGCUUCCCUUACUUCUCACGCUUCCCAUACGCAUGGCUGCCGCAAGAUGCUCUGAAUGAUGAUAUGGAAUUGAUGUUGAAGUGUCCACAUUUGAGGGAGGUGAAGUUGCACUUUGCGACCCAGACAAUCUGGGAUUCUUAUACGAGGAUGGAGAUGACGGCAUUGCAGUUAAGGUCCGAUUUCCGACUCGAUGGAUUGUUGGAAUUGAAGGCGUUGWGGAAGAUUGUGCUGGCAAGUCAGUCCAGUGGUCGAGAUGAGAGUGUGGGCACUGGAGCGCUGGCUAAGUGGUUGAGGGAGAGCUUUGGGGAGUUGGGAAGGGAUGUGGAGGUUUUGUGUUGA